AUGGUAUACAAGGGUCCCGAGCCGGCACUGAACUCGAACCCGGGCGCCGCGAAGCCGCCGCUACUAAACUCUUUCGAGCUGGACCGCUGUUUGGACAGAGAGGAGUCCGGCAGGUGGGGCGGCGAAGCGGCGCGGCGGCGUCGGCGCAGCUCGCCCCCGCGCCGCGCCUCACCCCCCCGAGACCAUGAGCCUCUCGCUCUUGCACGGGCGUCAGCCCCAACCUCCCCAACAGCUGGGUCAGCCCACUCCUCACCAGCCCCCGUCUCCCCAGCCGGCAGCACUGCUGGCGCGCGCUCCCCGCUGCCGCUGGUCGCGCCAGACCUGCUGGCCAUGCAGCUGCUCGACCAGCACUCGCAGCUCCAGGCGCUCAUGAAGCAACGGCUGUUCCACCAGCAUCAUAUGCAGAAGCAGCACUUAUCCUCGGAGGCAGCCAAGCGUCAGCUGGAACAAUCCCGACUGCAAGACCAGAUAAACCUGAACCUGCUGUCACAGUCUCAUCUGCCGCCUCCUGAUGCUUCCCCUGGUUCCCUUCAACAGCAGCUCGGCGCGCAGCAGCAACAGCUGGUGCAGCAGCUGCAAGCUGUACAGCGCCAGUACCUCAUGCACGGACCCCUCUCCGUGCCGCCUAAUGCUCCUCCAGGUCUCAUGCUAUGGGGGAGCGAGAUGGAAGAACACCCGCUGUUCGGGCGCGGAGUAUGCAAGUGGCCCGGCUGUGACGCGCUGGCUGACGACUAUCAGGCGUUCCUCAAGCACCUGGAAGCAGCUCACACCCUCGACGACAGAUCAGCCGCGCAGGCCCGCGUGCAGAUGCAGGUGGUGGCUCAGCUGGAGUUGCAGCUGCGUCGCGAGAGAGACCGUCUGGCGGCCAUGAUGAGACACCUGCAUGCUGCUAGGGACUCUAGUCAUCAUCAGCCGAAACAUCCUCAUGGAGCACCCAAUGAAGGCACAUCACCCGGACCAGUGCGUCGCCGAGUCUCCGACAAAUCCGGAGUGGCUAUAGCUGGUGAAAUCCAACGCAACCGCGAAUUUUAUAAAAGCGCAGACGUUCGGCCUCCGUUCACAUAUGCUUCGCUGAUCCGACAGGCCAUUAUAGAGUCUCCAGAUAAGCAGCUGACCCUCAAUGAGAUCUACAAUUGGUUCCAGUCAACCUUCUGCUACUUCCGACGCAAUGCUGCUACGUGGAAGAACGCGAUCCGGACGAACCUCUCAUUGCACAAAUGUUUCGUGCGGUACGAAGACGACUUCGGGUCCUUCUGGAUGGUGGACGACGCUGAGUUCGUGAAACGUCGGCACCUGAGCCGAGGACGGCCGAGGAAGUACGAGCCAGCCCCGGGACCGAACCCGCCCGCACAGUUCAUGGGAGCACAGAGUCCUCCGAUGAUGACCAGCCCUCAUGGCUACAGUGAAGCUCUCAAACGGAACCUUCAGGGUAUGAUGGAGGAAUGCAACCUGUCAUACAUGUCGAGCGAAGAUCACAUCAUGCAGGGGGCGGAAGAAUAUCCUUCCUCCCAUGAUGACUACAGCCGGCCGUCCAUGCUGAAUGGCUACGGCAGCACCAGCUCGCACGAAGUGAAGGCCGAGGACCUGAGCGGCGCCGACCAGGACAUCAAACCUAACAUUUACGCUCUCAAGAAUGAGAUGCAGGCUUCCGACUACUCUAACAAAGACUAUACCAACUCCACCAAGGAGUCUUCAAGCAACCGCUCCGGUGACACCAGCCCGUACGACGACUACCCUCGCCCCGAGGACCGAUACCGGCCCUCGGCCUCCCACAUAAAGGACGAGGCCGAAAACCUCUCGCUUAACGAACAGAGAUCUGACAAGUAAACAGUUGGCAAGUGAUCGACAGUUGUGGUACGGUACCUUCGGCCUCCCAUAGAGUAUGAUGCCGAAAACAUUCCACUAAACGAACUCGGAUCUGACAAGUAAAAACUAGUGACUGGGCAUUUUGGUACGGUACCUUAGGCCUCCGAUAAAGCGCGAGGCCUAAAACAAAAAAGUGACUGGACGGUUUUGGUACGGUACAUCCAGCCUCGAAAAUAAAUCCAAAAAUAUCUUGCUCAACGAGCUGAGAUCUGACAAGUCAAACAAGUGACUGGACAGUUUUGGUACGGUACCUUCAGCCUCAUAAAGCGCGAGGCCGAAGUCUCUCGCUCAGAGAUCUGACAUGUAAAAAGAAGUGACUGGACAGCUUCGGCACGGUACCUUCGGCCUUGGCGCGGCCUCAUAAACGUUUCAUUCAACGAACAGAGAUCUGACAAAACAAGUGACUUGGUACGUAACAAAACUGUACUGAAGGUACCGUUACCUUCGGCCUCGCAAAAAUUAUGAGGCCGAAAACCUCAACGAGCAGAGAUCUGAUAAGUAAGGUCAAAAGUGGAUGGACAAUUUUGGUACCGGCCUUUGGCCUCGCGUCGGACAAUUUCCGCAUCGGCCUCCGGCAAAUGACGAGGCCUUUAGUGAAGACAGGAACUAGUGAUGGACAAUUCUGGUUGCCGGCUGUUCUUGAAGCAAUAAUUAGGUGGCCGUUUAGAAUUAUUAUCACAGUAUGUAAUACUUUAUACUUACGGGUGUAGUUCUAUUUCAUUAGCGGUUUGUAAUGUGUUCAUUGUUCGAUUUUUAUAUUUAAAGAUCUCGGGAGGUUUUUUUUUAGAAAGUAACCAAAUAUUUUUGUUUUUUUAAGACGACCCGGUUUAACGGGAUAUGAAGUAUUAUAGUUUAUAUUUUUUUCACGGAUAAGUUUUUACGUUUUUAAGUUUUUAGAUAAGGUUAAGAAUUAGGUCUCUAUUUAUAGGAUAAGUGUUAGGAAAUUUUAGACGAAACGAAUUGCGCUAAUUAAUCAAAAAGUCAACGAUAAAAUAACCUUAAAAGGUCCAUAUCAAU